GAUGUGCGCUGCGUGGACCAACCACGGAAAUGUAGGACAGAAAGAGACACCAGACAGGAAGGUUUCAUUUUACAAAGUGUUUAAGCGAGUCAGCUGUUCGACUGCUCCAUCAUCAUGUUGAGUGGAGGUGUUUUAACUACAAGUAAAGCCCAAGUGAUCCUCGGCUCAGGAGGGAAAGCGCGCCUUUAAGGGGGUGGGAACCUCUGAGCUGAGUGUCGCCUUUUCCACACGGAACACAGUCAGACCAGGACCGUAAAUACACCGUCGUAGCUGUCCCUGCGGUCUGGCAGAAGGAAACGAUGAGGAUUUAACAGAUAUUAUCGCCGUUUCAAUGAAACAAACCGGCGUUUUUCGCCCGACGUGAAAGCAGAAGAGAGUUAACGCUUGCUAGGUGUCAAAAGUGUGAAUCGUUUUAACCAUGGAGACGUGCCGGCGGGGCGGAGUCAGCGGGGUCCUGUGCUCCCUGUCACUGCUGUGUGUCAUUUUGGACCUCCAGCUGGAUGGUGUCUUGGGGGCAACUCACGUGGAGAUCGAGCACCACUUGGAGAUGGGCCGCAAACUUCUGGCAGCCGGUCAGCUGGCUGAAGCCUUGUCCCACUAUCACUCCGCUGUGGAGGGAGACUCUAAGAAUUACCUGACGUACUACAAGCGAGCCGCGGUGUUCCUUGCUAUGGGAAAAUCCAAAUCUGCCCUGCCAGACCUGACCAGAGCCAUCCAGCUGAAGCCGGACUUCCUCGCUGCCAGACUCCAGAGAGGGAAUAUCCUUUUAAAGCAGGGCAACACACAGGAGGCCAGGGAGGACUUUGUAGCAGUGCUGCAGCGCUCUCCAGACCACGAAGAGGCUCAGGACCAGCUGAUGAGAGCUAACGAGCUGGAGGAGCUGCAGGAGGAGGCCCACGCUGCGUACCACCAGGGGGACUACAGCGCUACCAUCUCCGUGCUGGAGCGAGUCAUUGAGAUCUCUCCUUGGGAUCCGGAGUCUCGGGAGCUUCGUGCGGAAUGUUACAUCCGGAUGGGAGAUCCUCAGAAAGCCAUCCAGGAUCUGACGCCGACCACGAGGCUACGUAACGACAACCGCGCCGCCUUCCUGAAGCUCAGCCUGCUACACUACGGCCUGGGAGAACACCACGAGUCACUCAAUCACAUCCGAGAGUGUCUGAAGCUGGACCAGGACGACAAGGAGUGUUUCAGCCACUACAAGCAGGUGAAGAAGCUCAGCAAGCAGCUGGACGCGGCAGAAGAGCUCAUUCAGGAAGAGAGGUAUCAGGAAGCUAUUGAUAAGUAUGAAUCAGUGAUGAAGACAGAGCCUAACGUCCCGCAUUACACCAACCUGGCCAAAGAGAGGAUCUGCUUCUGCCUCGUCAAGGUUAGGCUGGCUCAGGAGGCGAUCGACGUGUGCUCAGAGGCCCACCAGAGAGACCCGCGCAACACCAACGUCCUCCGAGACCGAGCGGAGGCUUACAUCCUCAACCAGGACUACGAGAAAGCUGUGGCAGACUACCAGGAGGCCAAAGAGUUCGACAGCGAGAGUAAUGAAAUUAGAGAAGGGCUGGACCGAGCGCAGAAGCUGCUCAAGCUCUCUCGCAAGCGGGACUACUAUAAGAUCCUCGGUGUGGGCAGGAGCGCCAACAAGCAGGAGAUCAUCAAGGCGUACAGGAAGCUGGCACAGCAGUGGCAUCCUGACAAUUUCCAAUCAGAGGCUGAGAAGAAGGAGGCGGAAAAGAGGUUUAUCGACAUCGCGUCGGCUAAAGAGGUCCUCACCGACCCAGAAAUGAGGCAGAAGUUUGACGCGGGCGAGGAUCCCCUGGACCCGGAGAGCCAGCAGGGCGGAGGCGGAGGACAGGGCCGAAACUGGCCUUUUCACUUCAACCCCUUCGAGUCUGGCGGCAGCUUCCACUUCAAGUUCCAGUACAACUAGAGAGGAGGACUUUAAGAACACGGCGGGGGGAGGGAGGGAAGGAGGGAGGGUACGGGGACGUUGGGGGAAGAUCGAUGAAGGAACGCUGGAGUCUUCCUCACAAUUUGUGCUUCAGCUUGGACGCAGUUUUGUGGGUUAUUUGAUAAUUUCACUUUUAAUGCAGUGAAGGCACGGCCGAGGUUUGUGCCGUACCGUGAAAAAAAAAACUUGGGACUUCUGACCACAAUAACUAAGGACUUAACUGCAGCUACUGUUUGAAAAACUUCUCGCUGCGGUUGAAGAAAACGAAGUCUUCACUUCCUUUAGGAAUGAGAAGGUGGUGGUUGAAAGCAGUCAGUGUGGGACAGUUUCUCUCAUUUCAUUCUUUGUGCCAUUCUUUGAAACUUUACCAGGGGGACUCUUCUUCUUCUUCUUCUUCUUCUUCUUUUUUUUCUUAAAUGCAGUAACGUUUCCUUGGAACAUUACAUUUGGAGGACUUUCAAUUGGUUUCUGCUCACAGUAUUCUCUAAAGUGGGAAUCUAAAACAAAAAAAGGAAUCACGUUUACUGAUCUUCUUCUAUUUUUGACCAUGUCGAAUAUUCUCCAUACUAGAGAACAAAGAUUUUUUAUAUUCGAUGACCAUCAAGAGACGCGUUUUGUUGAGCUUCUACAUCGACGGUAAGUAGGUGAGACUUGAGCACUAUUACAUGAAACUUGUGGGUGUCUUAAAUCAACGUAGCCGCUCUCUGUGAUCGGUUUUCUACAGCUGUAUAAUUGGAAUAACGUGUGAAUCCUGUAUUUGCGUGGAUAUAUUAUAUUUUCAACUGGCUGUAUAUUCAGCCGCAAACAUGGAUGUAAUUUAAUUUGAAGGCUUGUGGAGUCUAUAAGAACAUAACGAGGGGAAAAAAAGCACCUAAUAUUCUGGACAAAAGCAUAGUAACCGAUGACUGAACCAAGAGUUUGUAGCUUUUUUCGCUCGUUUCCCUUUUCACUCAUUUCAAAGCACGUCUUUGAAAACUUGCACUUUUACCCUUGUUUGUUUUUGAAAGAACCACUCCUCUCUCUUGUUUCUCUCCACUCCUGAAAUGUUACUGCAAAGACUCUUUACAAACCAAGUGUGUCUUCAACAGCUAUCCAAGAGCCUCAUUUCUGAAAAGGUCUGACAGACACGUGUACUUGAAUAUUAUAAAACCACACAGAAAGAAGUGUGUGUACGCAAAAAUGUUACUGUAGUAUUUAAAGUAGCGGCACUGUACAUGAGUGCGGGUCUGUAUACAAAUCAAUUGGGUAGAAAAAUACUUGAUUACUCCACCAAUUCCUGAUGCAUAUUGUAUGAAACUCAUAAACAAUUGUGUAUAUAUAUAUAUUUGUUGAACAGGUGACACUGAGGUACAAAUUCAAACCAUUAAAUCACUGAUUUAAAAAAAGUGCAACUCAAAUUUAAGCUAAACAACAGUAUAACCAUAAAUAAAAAUGAUAUUCUUUGAAAGGUUUUACUUUUUCCAGCACAAACUAAGUUAUUUUGUCAGUGACGACUGAAUCUUAAAUCCUGCUCGACUGUGUGAACCGAAUGUGACAGGCUCUUUGUUCUUAAAUCGACUGUUUCCGGGUUUCUUUUUUUUUUUUUUCUUUGUCGUUAGUGGCAUCAAUUCUUCCGUUGCCAAACUGAAUCAGCUGACAUGCUCAAAUGUAUUAAAAUAUUGAAACAAUGCCAA